CAGAACGCUAAUUUUUUUUUAGACACAGGAAAAAAAAAUACACCUUUUGUUUUAUAUUUGCUGAUGAAGCAAUGAUAGACUGUAUAUAGCAGCAGAUGUGUCUGAUACUGCAGUUCACUGAGUGGCCUCUGAUAAAGUCAAAAUGGGGAAGGUAAGUGUACAUUUUCAGCGUUUUGCUGAUACAGGCCAUUGAGGUAUCUAUGUUUGUUUAUAUUAAUUAAAUAUUGUAUACUGAGAUUAUUUGGGUGUAAAUUUAACCUCCUAAUAUGGCAAUUUGUACCAGUAAUUAAUGCAUUAGCUCCGUGUUAACAGAGUCUUUUUUCACAAAAAGAAUUUCACCAAAUUAAUUCCAAAUGGCAAAAUAGAGGCAAAUAAUAGCCAAGCUGUGACUAUAGCCAAGUUGGACAAUUUUUCCAACUUUUACCUAACUUUUGCUUUAAGAAUUAAUUUGCAAAAAUUCAGAGUUUAGUUAAUAACCCUGUAAAGUGUGAACAACACAUUUUAUGCCAAAACAACCAAAGUGAGAACAUUGACUUAGAGAAAUAUACCAGUAUAAUACAUUUUGAAAUUCACUUUAAAUUCUAAAACAAAUAUAACCAUAUUAGCUACUUAGUAUAUCAGUGAAUGCUGAUAUGUAGAUGUUGUAGAGCUGCUUAACUUUUGUCAUUAUUAAUGUGAUAAGAUUUGAAGUAAAAACCAGCAGGAAACAGCAAGUUGUCAGAUCUUGUAUAACAUAGCCAAUAUUUUUGAUAAGCUUUGCAAACGAUUUAAUACUUUUAAAAUUAUUUCAUAUUUUUUUAAAAAUUUGUAACAUUUUCAUAUGUUUUAUUUAUUGAUAUAUAUGUUAUGAAGGAUAUUUUUUUUUAUAUUUUAACAUUGUGAACAUUUUUUAUAUUGUUUAUACAAAAAAUAUUACAUAAUUUGAAAAAACCUACUCUAAAAUUAUUAAAUUUGUGCCUUAAUGGAUUGUGUAUUGAAUUAGUACAGAUGAGGAUUAACUACAGGGCUAGCCUACUUCUCGCACUCUAAGAAUUAACUAUAUUUUCGGAAGUAUAGUUUCCUACAUUACAAUUGUGGCAGCAGAUGGAGAGAGCUAUGGGUUUUGGAGAGAGGCUCCUAUAUGGUUCUACAAAAAAAUGUGAGAUAGAGCCCAAAGACUAGUAACGCUAUAACCUCAACAAAAUCUCAACAAACCUUUAAGUCAGCUUUUAAAGGGAAUCUGUAGUUCCCAAAAUAAAAUGUAUUUCAAGACUAUUUUAGCGACUUCUGUCCACCCCCUUUUCUGUGUUAAAACAGAAAAGGCACCGACCAAUCGGCUACCUUCUAUGUAAGAAGCACGCGGACUUCUUUUACAUUCUUAUCCAGUCCAGUGCUUCUCAUAGAGAAGCAUUUGAGACGAGAGAUGCAUGCACUACUCUGUGCAAGCAUGCUGUAUAAGAGGCAUUGAUUGAAGAAUCGAGUCUGAUUAUCUAUUGGCUUUCAUCUGGUGUUAGGGGGUGGUCAGGGACAGGGCUGUUUAGGGAUAUUUUAGGUGACUUAUUAAUAACAAUGUUUGCAACUAAAAUGUAACUUAGAACAAGAAAAAUGGUUCUUAUUUACAUAGACUGAUUUCUAACCCCAUCUAUUGUAGCUUAAAUACAUAUUUUUGGGAGAAUCAUUGCGGUGGAGCUCUAGUAUACACUCAGGAACAUCAACAAUUCGGAGCACCUAGAAAAGUGGGACAUUACAAUAGAAAAAAGAGAUAUAAAACAGGACCUCUUCUCCUAGAUAGGGACAAUUAGGAUGUAUGUUUUAUGUUAUUUAUAUGCUUGUUUAUUAAUGUAUUGGAGUCAACUCCUGUCUUGGGUGUUCAUUGAUGUAGCAUGUCAGCUCUCAGAUUCACAAGUAACAUCAUCCAAAAGGAAAAUUACAUUAAACUGUAUAAAAUGUUAAAAAUGUACCUACAACUGUGUCCUGUGUAGAAUAUAUGACCAUAGAAUAAGCUUUUAACCAUGUAGUUGAUGGAAAAUGCAUAAGGUAUAUGCUUUUUCUUGGCCUUGCCAUUGUUUUAAAAAUAUCUUAAAUCAUUAACUCCCAGAAUGAGGAUUUGUCUUUUAGCCCCUCUCCUUCGCUCAAAUAGAUAAGUAAUAUAUUUAAGUUUUAGGUCACCAUAGGCUCAGUCGAGUCAAUGCACCUCACUGAAUUAACCACUUGUCAGGCAUAUUGUUCAAAAACUCAUAUAGUAACAGCCAUACUCACAUAUGCAGGCAUAAAUACAUACACAAAUAUCAAAACAUACUCAUACAUUCAAACAUACAUACAUGCAACAAAUGCCAUUCCUGGUGUCCAGCGGGAAGUAAAGGGGUGAAGAAAGAAAGAUAAACAAAAGGAUUCAUUGUAAAAUCUUUUUUUUUCUAAACAGAGGCAGAUAUGAUUUAUUUACAAUUAUAUGUUUACACUCGUUGGCAAGGCAACAAUUAUUUUUAUAACUUAAAUAAUUAAAAAAAAGUCUGUCAGUUUUAAUUUUAUAUUGUUAUUGAUUUCUAAUAAGAGUAACAGAAAAGAAAGAAGUAAUGUACCAUUGAAAUGUAUCGGUAACGUUUAAUUUUCUGCAGAUCACAUUCUUCGAGGAUAAGAACUUCAAAGGUCGCUCAUAUGAGUGCAGCAAUGACAACACUGAUCUGCACUCCCACUUUACUCGUUGCAACUCCAUCAAAGUUGACAAUGGCUCUUGGAUGAUAUAUGAGCAGGCAAACAACAAAGGCCACCAGUAUUUUCUUAAAAAAGGAGAAUAUCCAGACUACCAACACUGGAACGGGUUCAAUGAUACCAUCAAUUCAUGUCACAUGAUCCCACUGGUCAGUUAAUUAAAUUAUCUAUAUAUUAAAAAAUAUAUAUUAUUUAGCAUGUGUUAAUGUGUUAACAGUCGACUGUUAGAUGACCAGACCAUACUUUUUGUGGGUUGAUUCACUAGAAAUGAGACCAGAAAUAUCUGAUUCAGAUAUUCUGUUUUGUUCAACUCUGCUGUUUUGGUCUAAUUUUGCAGUCAGUUCUCAUGUCACUGUUCAGAAUAAGGUUUAUUACAAAAUAAUCAGAACAUAUUGUUUGAAUUAAAAAAUUUUGAUAAUAUCACCAUGAAACAUCUCCCAAAGGUAGCAAAUAUUAUAUAAAACCAGUGUGCAUGAUAAGUGUUCUAGAAAAUAAUACUGUCAUGUUAACACCAUUAUUGUCCUCAUUUAUUAUAUAUUAUUGCUGCAAUCAUUUGUGUCUAUUAAUAUAUCGAUCAAAUAUGUAUGAACUGCAAUUGUUUUUGAUUAUAUUCAGACUAUGAGAUGGUCUACGAGAUUGGCUAUGUAUUCGUUCUUGGGUAAAAAGCCAGUACUUGCAACAAUAAUAUCCCAUAAUAUUCAGUAUAACAGGACUGCUACUUCUCUUACAUUUCUUCAUUCAUUCAUCCCAGUAAACACUACCUAGGAUUAAAAAAAAAAAAAACCUACCUAGGUUUGUAGUACAGAAAAAAUAUGUAAAAACAACAAAUGCUACAAUUGUAUCCAUCUAUGCUUGGUUAUGUGCAGAGAAAUACUGUGAACAUACCAUAGAAUUUUUUCCCUUUGAUUUGAGUAGACAGAAUUAAUGUUUUAGAAUAAAUUUGAUGGGCUAAUAUGUUCAUUAUUGUAGGAAAGGGUGUCUUUCUUGCCUCCCUAUCCCAUAGCUCUUACAUGUUAAAUAUGAGAGAUAGUGGUCGCAUGCAAAAACCGACCGGUACCUGCUAAAAAUUCCUGUAGUUUCUUCAGUAUUGCUGUUGACAUCUUGGUAGCCUACUGAUAUGAUUUCACCUCAUCCUCUCAGGAGCUUUGGAGAGUUGGUGCCACAGUUUCUCCACUUAUUGAUGAUGGUUUUUACAGUACUCCAUGGUACAUCCAGUGCCUUCAAUAUUCUUUUAUAUUUCUUUUCUGACUGGUACUUUUCAACAAUUUGCUACAAUUUGACAACUUUAUGUAGGCUGAAUGAAACCUGUGACAGGUUGAAUGCAACCCAAUACAUUAAAUCAAAUCCUACAGCAACACUUGGUUUUAAUCUCUGUUUAAUAAAAAUAUCUUUCAUUAAUGAUAAGUGUACCUAUAGGCAUGAUUUAGAAAGUUGUGUAUGUGGCAGUUUAGGGCUCAAACUGUUUUGGUGGGAUUGAAGAGGCAGCUCAACAAUCCUGUUUGGAGUCUCUCUAUUUCCUGGCAGAUGUAGAAUGCUUGUACAAAGAGGAGGGAGUAGUGCCUCGCAAUAUGUUCUGGUUGUAUAUGAUUUAGCAUGUUAUUGGUUUACUGUCUCCUCAUUAUUAUAUUUAGGAUUUUGUAAUUUAAUUGUUGGGGGGUUACUAAAAUUAUUUUGUAGGUUAAUUGCUGGGGGGUUACUAAUAAUUAUUUGUUUUUCUCUGCAUGUUUGCUGGAAGAUCACAUUAUACAUGGAAAAAGUCCAACAUUUACAUUGUAGUUAUUUAUGUCUGUAAGUUUUGAAAAUCUAUAAUUUCAUAAUGGUGUGUAGACUUUACAUAUCCACUGAAGAGAGAGAGAGAAUAUAAUCUUUUAAUAUGUAAAGGAACACUUUUAUAAGUGUGAUUAGUAUGCAUGACUCUUAUUCAAAUAUUCUUUCUCUAUAGCAUUCUGGGUCUUUCACAAUUAGACUGUAUGAAAAAGAGGACUUCAGAGGUCAGAUGAUGGAAUUCACUGAAGACUGCCCACAUGUCUACAAAGACUUCAAUUACCAUGACAUCCACUCCUGCAACGUACUUGAAGGUCAUUGGAUUUUCUAUGAAGAGCCCAACUACAAGGGACGCCAAUACUACCUGAGACCCGGUGAAUAUAGGAGAUUCAGUGACUGGGGUGCAUCCAAUGCUAGAGUUGGCUCCAUUAGAAGAGUUCAAGAUUUUUAUUAGAAAUGUAAACAUGUGCACCUCUGUAUUCCUAAGACCUGAUUAAAUACAGCAUUUUCCUUCCCAAAGAGUUUAUUUUCUUAAGAUAAGUAUAUUAUUACUUUAAUAACAUUCUAAAUAUCUUAUUCGAUCCAUG